GCCAGGCUUUCUUCUAAUUUUGCCUCAUUGAGUAAAAAUUUCUCUCAAGUGGUAGCAUCAAUAUCAUGGCAAUAAAUUGUACCAUUUUAGCUUCUUCGUAUUAUCGGACCACUAGAACGAUUGGUGCCCCAAUUAGAGAGGUUAAACCGGCUCUAGUUGCAUGUAGUGCAAGCAGACAAAGAUUGAAUGUCAGCCAAAGUCUUAAUUCAGCUUUUAACCCCUUAAUAUACCACGAAGAUCUCGUUAAUGAUGAAUUGUACGCGAGACGUACACAGAAAAUGAUGGAUGUGAGGCACAUGCUCAAAACAGGAGGAGAAGAUCGCUUGAAGGAUUUAAGGCUGGUUGAUGCAAUUCAAAGGCUAGGCAUCGAUCACCACUUCCAAGAGGAAAUUGAAGCACUGAUUUGGAGGCAGCAUGUGUCAGCUAAAUGUUGCUUCGAUCAAUCUGAAGGUCUUCAUGAAGUUUCACUCUGUUUCAGGCUAUUGAGACAAGAAGGUUACUAUGUGCCUCCAGAUGUGUUUAACAAUUUCAAGGAUGAGAAAGGAAAGUUCAUGGCGAGUAGUGGAAAAGAUAAUAUAAGGGCGUUGAUGGAAUUGUAUGAAGCAGCUCAGCUUAGUAUAGAAGGCGAAGAUAUACUUGAUGAUGCUGCGGAGUUUAGUAGCCAGCUCCUUAAUGCAUUGCUGAAAUACCUUGAUGAAGAUAACGCUGCACUUGUGAAAAAUACCCUGAAGCAUCCUUACCGCAAAAGCAUGUAUAAAUUUAAGGCAAAUAACUUCAUGGGAUCAGAAGUUGAAGGUAUAAAUGGAUGGGAGAAUUGCUUGCUCGAGCUAUCAUAUGCUGAUUUUUACAUGGCACAAGGAAUUCAUAGACAAGAGUUGCUGCAAAUCACCAAAUGGUGGAAGGAUCUUGGCCUGGCCAGGGAAUUGAAGCAAGCCAGGGACCAACCACUGAAAUGGUACACAUGGCCCAUGGCUAUGCUCAAUGAUCUCCGCUUAUCUGAUGAAAGAGUCGAGCUAACGAAAUCCAUCUCUUUCAUAUACAUCAUCGACGACAUCUUUGAUCUCUAUGGGAAGCCUGAGGAGCUAACUCUCUUCGCAGAAGCAGUCAAUAGAUGGGAUUUGGCUGCAGUUGACCAAUUGCCAGAUUACAUGAAGAAGUGUUUUAGGGCACUUUAUGAUACCACAAACGAGGCAGGAAUUAAGAUCCAUAAGAAACAUGGCUUCAACCCUACUAAAUUCCUAAGGAAGACGUGGGCUAGCUUGUGCAAUGCAUUUCUUGUGGAAUCAAGAUGGUUUCGUUCAGGCUCCAGAGACCAGCCGAUGGCAGAUGAAUACCUGAAAAAUGGAAAAGUAAGCUCAGGAGUGCAUGUGGUGUUAGUGCACGUAUUUUUCCUCUUAGGAUUUGGGGCAACAAACGAGGGCCCAAUUGACUUGAGUGAUGCAUCUGCCAUAAUUUCUUCUGUAGCAGCAAUACUACGCCUUUGGGACGACUUGGGAAGUGCCAAGGAUGAGGAUCAAAAUGGCCAUGAUGGCUCCUACAUUGAUUACUACAUGAAAGAACACCAAGGAGUUACGUUAGAAAUUGCUAGAGAGCACGUUUUCAAGCAAAUUUCUGAAGAAUGGAAGCGACUUAACAAGGAAUGUCUUCGUCUAAACCGGUUUUCGUCGUCUUUCCAAAGGGCUUCCCUUAAUCUCGCGAGAAUGGUCCCUCUCAUGUACAGCUACGAUGAUAAUCAACGCCUUCUUGAUCUGGAUGAGUACGUCAAGUCCAUGCUUUACGACUGAUUCCCUUAAUGUCCCAGACCGAAUCCACGACAUGAAAUGAAAUUGAAUAGUGGAAAUGAAAAGAAAACUGUAAUUACUUCAUUGUUGAUUGGGAAUAACAUAUCCAUUACCCUUA